AUGCCGCAUGGUUUUGUUAUUAAACUUGUCCAUGAGCCAUUCUCUCAUUCGAUUAUCGACGAUUUUAUUAUCGAUGAAAACAACUCUUAUCUCCAUCAGUUAGCAAUUGAAUUAAAUAAUAUCAAGUUUAACAAAAAAGAUAAUGAUUUAUACAAGUUUAAACAGAGUGAUGAUUUAACCAAUAUAACAUUGCCAGCAAUCGAAAAAAUCAAACAAUUUCUUUAUAUAAAUUUUAAAGAUUGGUUAAUCAAAGCUACAGGAAUUCAGCUCAUUGACAAAAUUGAUAUGACAUGUUCGAUUUAUAGACAUACAGAUUAUUUACUGUGUCAUGAUGAUGAUAUUCAUGGUGAUGUAGAAGGUCGUCGUAUUGCAUUUAUUUAUUAUUUAGUUCCACUGACUUGGUCACAUCAAGACGGUGGUACACUUGAUUUGUUUGACAUCGAUGAAAAUCAACAACCGAUUCGCAUUGCACAAAGUCUCAUACCAAAACAUAAUCGUUUAACAUUCUUUGAAGUUAGUGAUAAAUCGUAUCAUCAAGUAGCUGAAGUGUUGAAUGAGAUGGAUACUCGGUUGUCAAUAAAUGGUUGGUUUCAUGGACCAGUUCAUAAACGACCAUUACCAUACGUAGAAAUUCCAUUAAAAACUCAAAAACCAUCAGAAUUUCAACAGAAUGAUCUUGAUCGAAUAAAAACUUGCAUAGAAUCAAUGUAUUUAGAUGUGGCUAUACAAUAUGAUAUACAAUCAAAUUUUCAAGAUAAUUCUGAAACAAAAUUAGAACAAUUUCUCAAAAAAGAUUAUUAUCAAUCAUUAGUCAAUGAUUUGAAGCGUGAAACGAUUAAUUGGACGCUACGUGGUCCCUAUAAUAAACGACAUUAUGAAAUCGCCGAUAUUUCUACUUUACCGUCGAGUAUCAACGAGUUAAUUCAAUUAUUUGGAUCUGAGCCAAUGUUUACCAUAGUGGCAUCAUUAACUGGUUUAACAUCAGAGAGUAAUGAAAAUAAUGACGAUGAUAGUGAAGAAGAUAGACCAACAUCUUCUACAUCGUAUGAGCCCACAACAAAAAAACAAAAAACAUCAACAUCUGAAGCAUGUGCAAGUGCUGUUUCAACAUCUCAAUCAUCAAAUGGUUGUUCAUCUUUAAAAACAUGUUGUUGGAAUUUUGAAUUACGCCGUUGGAAACAUACUUAUUAUACAUUAGCGUUUGAUGACGAGAGAGAUGAAAAUGGUGACGAUGCACUCGAUGCUAUGCUUUAUUUUGGCUGCUCCGAAAGUUUAAAUGAUUCUGAUUGUGGUGGUGAUGUGUAUUAUAUACAAAAAAAUGAAGAUGAAACUGUAAAUUUGCUUUCCGUUGUGCCGGAUGCUAAUUGUUUAAACUUGGUUUAUCGUGAAUCAAAUGAUGUAUUAAAAUUCACAAAAUAUAUUAAUUCACGUUAUAAAGAUGAAAAUUAUUUCUAUGAAUUUUAUGCGUGUUAUUAUAAUUUAGAUAAAUUAAAAAUAGAUUAA